AUGUCUGUUCCAUUGACUUUAAGCACACCAAUUUUAUAUAUUGUUUCAAACUUAGGUUCAAAGUGCUAUUCGAAUGUCGACAGAAACUACUAUGACCAAAAGAUACUCAUGCGUAUAAACAACACUUUCUCUGCUGGUUUGCCUAUUGUUCAUUCGAAUGCAGAGUUUUCAGCUUUAGUAAACUCAAACACUUUAGCAAACAUAAACUUAACCUUAGUUGACGCAAACUUUGUUCCUGUAAAACUUUUAUGUCCUAUGUAUUUGUCAAUGACGGCAGAAAGUUUCGAAUUGGAAGAUGCAACUGGUGAAAGUAUUGUACUACAAGAACAACUUCAACAACAAAUAGCUCAAGAACAACAAAUGCAACAAAUGGAACAAAUGCAACAACAAGCUCAAGAAUAA